AUGGCUGCUUUAGGGAGUCUGCUCUCUGUAGGUGUGCGGAGGCUGCACUGCAGCUUGUCGGCUCGGGCUGGCAGCCAGUGGAGACUCCAACAGGACCUGGCUGCCAACCCUUCCGGCUCUGGGCCCCUCACGGAGCUCCCAGACUGGUCUUAUGCGGAUGGCCACCCUGCUCCCCCAAUGAAAGGCCAACUUCGAAGAAAAACCCAAAAGGAAAAGUUUGCAGUGAGUGAGAUGAGUUGUACUGCUGUCACAGGAAAUGGAUGCUGGAAUACAGGCAUGGCAGCUCAGACAGCAGAAGUUGCAGGAAGAAAAAAGGAAGCAGAAAAAUGUUCUUAAACCCAAAGGGACUUCACUACAGAGCCUAC